GUCAUUAGUAGGCGCCUGGCAAAAGCAAAGGAGCUGGAUGUUAACGGCGUCACGGGACGUUUAAGCAGUGAUACGGUACUGCCGGCUGGGAAAAUCGGAACUGUCCCGCUUGUUGGGCGGUUAAUGCAAUAAAAUGUCUUUAUAUGAUGAUCUUGGUGUGGAGACCAGUGACUCAAAAACAGAAGGAUGGUCAAAAAACUUCAAGUUAUUGCAAUCCCAAUUGCAAGUUAAAAAGGCAGCUCUUACACAAGCAAAGACACAGCGAACAAAGCAGAGUACAGUUCUUGCUCCUGUCAUUGACCUUAAGAGAGCAAGUGCAGCUGAAGAACGCCAGAUUGCAGACCCAUCCCCCCAUGUGGGUGCUGGAAUAAAGGAAUCCGUUCCCAGUGGGUUUUCAGCUGGUGAAGUUCUGGUCCCCUUGGCUGAUGAAUAUGACCCAAUGUUCCCUAAUGAAUAUGAAAAGGUGGUUAAACGUCAGAGAGAGGAGAGGCAACGUCAGCGGGAACUGGAAAGGCAGAAAGAAAUAGAAGAAAGGGAAAAGAGGCGUAAGGACAGGCAUGAAGCUAGUGGAUUCUCUCGCAGACCUGACCCAGAAUCGGAUGAAGACGAAGAUUAUGAACGAGAAAGGAGAAAAAGAACAAUGGGAGGAGCAGCCAUCGCACCACCGACAUCCCUUAUGGAAAAGGACAGGGAAUCUAUUGUGCCUGCUUAUGAUGACGAGCCAAGGCCACGACCACCAAUGGCAAAGGCUGCAAUUCCACCACCUAUGUAUGAUGAGCCAGAGAGACCAAGAUCACCAACUGGGCCUAGCAAUUCUUUCCUUGCAAAUAUGGGUGGUACUGUGGCCCACAAAAUCAUGCAGAAGUAUGGCUUUCGGGAAGGACAGGGCCUUGGCAAGCACGAGCAGGGUCUCAGCACUGCACUUUCUGUUGAAAAGACAAGCAAGAGGGGAGGCAAAAUUAUUAUUGGUGACUUAGCUGACAAAGUUGAAGCAGCUAAGAAAGCAGAUCCAAACCCUCUGACAGAAAUACUAAAGAAUCCUACUAAAGUUGUUUUGCUUCAGAACAUGGUAGGUGCUGGGGAAGUUGAUGAAGAUCUGGAAGCUGAAACAAAGGAAGAGUGUGAAAAAUACGGCAAAGUUGGAAAAUGUGUCAUUUUUGAGAUUCCUGGUACACCAGAUGAUGAGGCUGUAAGAAUAUUUUUGGAAUUUGAAAGGGUUGAAUCUGCAAUUAAAGCUGUGGUGGAUCUAAAUGGGAGGUAUUUUGGUGGCCGAAUAGUAAAGGCUUGUUUCUACAACCUCGACAAAUUCAGAACGCUGGAUCUUGGGGAUUAAUUUGGAAUGAUUUAUCAUUGUUUUACUGUCUGCCUUUGCAAAUUGGAAAUAUUUACUGAACUAUGUCACGUUUAUUGUGAUGAGAUUUUGUUAUUUUUAGUUUUAUAGUAUAAAGAACUUUUUUAAAACAGUAAAAUCUUGUCUCUGUAACCAAGAAAUUGCAUUAUUUGUGGUUGUCCAUUCAAAUCUGCUGAUUUAUGAAGCAACAGGAGAAUAAUGCUUGGGAUUCUUCAAUAUGGCAGUGUUACCUAUAGUAUGCAUGUUCCCUGCACCUGGACUUUAAUGGGAUAGUUUGUUAUUAUGUCUAAUUUCUCCAGACAAGCAGAACUACUUGCAUGGCAACUUUUACCAAAUGACAGUUUACUGUAGAUAUUCACACACAGUUUGCCCUGUAACAAGAGCAGUAUACUUCCUGAAUUGUCAUGGCUUUGGUAUGUGCUGAACUGUCCACAUUUGCAUUUAUACAUGUUUAAUACUUUGGCAAAACUUUUGCUGAUCAUUUUGAUUAUAAAAGUACUGUUAAUUAAAAUUCAGAAAACCCACAUUGGGUAACAUUUAACCUCCUACUUUUAAACUUUGUUUUACAAUCUUGUAAUUGAUUUUGUUUUUGUUCAGUUGUUUCCUCCCUUCAAUGGACAGUAUUCAGUUAUAUCAAGGGCAAUAAUUUUGUUAAACAGAUGGCAAGGUAACUAUUUAUAAAAGUUGUACAUUAUAUACAGUAUAUCCCAGCUGCAACCUUUCCAAGCAUAAAACAUUCCCAUAUA